GACACGUUCUCGCCCAAUUGGGCCCCGGCAUUUCGGCAAUUCAGGCACUCUUUCGACGCACAUUUUCUCAUUCACCAUUAGGGAAGCAAAGCACAAUUAGAUUGAGAGUGCAUAGUGAUUCUGGUUCUUUCAUUCCUGCAAGUUAAAGACUGAGAAUGGUGAGAGAAGUUUCAGAGAGUUGUUUGGAUAGCCUGUUGACAGAGGUGGUUUCGUGCUAUUGCAACCGAUUCUACCCUAAUAAGCAUGAUCUUGCUGCUCGCAGAAUCGAGGCUAUUGGAUACCAGGUUGGUCACCAGCUCUCUGAAAGGUACACCAUGGAGCGGCCACGAUUCAAUGACCAUCUGGAAGCCAUCAAGUUCAUUUGCAAGGAUUUUUGGCUUGAGCUCUUUAAGAAGCAUGUAGACAACUUGAGGACAAACCAUAGGGGUACCUUUGUAUUGCAAGAUAAUAAAUUUUGCUGGCUUGCGCGAAUGUCAAUUGAUCCAUUAGCUGAUAGUGGUAAGUCACCCGAAGAUAUUACAUCUCCUACAGCUGGAAACAAGGCAACAUAUGCAAUGAAGAUGCAUCUUUAUUUCCCAUGUGGCAUCCUUAGGGGAUUUCUUUCAAACCUGGGAAUUCUUUGUGCCGUUUCUGCAGACAUAUUAACCCUUCCAACAUGUGCAUUUACAAUCCGUAUUAAAGCUUGA